AUGGUCGGCAACGCUAGACAGAUUGCACUUCGACUACGUGCUCUCACAUCACUCAACGAACAGUUAGUUACACAGCAAGUGCAAGCACCGACAGUUCCAAGUAAUAAUAUCGUUGCCGACAAACACUUCCCUCUUCCUGGGAAUGUCACCUCUCAAGCUACAUACAGUGCAGUUCAGGGGGUUCCGAAGGUGGAAGUGCCAGUUCAGAGCCAGAUAACUGCUAUGGAGUGCCCUGAUGACGUGCUUAAAACGGCGCAGAAACUUUUCCCAAAGCAGAAGUUGGAAAAUGUUACUGUCGUGAACUUUGUGCAGAAAACAGAGUCAGAUAUGAGCGAAUGGAGUGCAAAAAUGGAGGUGGAAUGGACUGGACUUGUGUCGGGGAUUUUUUGGUUCACUGUUGCCGAUGAAAAGUUUCAGUUCAAUCAAACGGCACUUCAAACUUGCGAGAUGCUUCAUAAUUUGGGAUACUGGGCAGAUUUCGUCAAUCCUGCUACAGGGAAAGCUUAUAUCAGUGAGACUAAAUCAGAUGCUUCGCUUAAGACUACAGACAACGAAUACCGUUCUCUUGGUUUCAAUAUUAUGGACAUGGGUUGUUGCAAAAUCCUUUCCCAUUCUGUCUUUGGCAAACAUGUCUUUGUUGGGACGCUUUUCACAGAUGCUCCAACAGACGUACUCGCGCGUCUUUAA